AUGCCGUCAAGAGCGCUUUCGCCUGAUCCUCGCUUCUUCACUCAGCAGAUCGUCACACUCCUUCAGCAUUCAAGCCGGCAAACGCACUACCUCGACUCACAUCGGACAUCACCGCAACAGCAGGCCAACGAAGCCACAGAUACUAUGAAAUUCCUCAGUGCCCCAUCAAUCGCUAUCUCAUCCCUUGUUCUCGCUCAGUCCAUCCUCGCAUUGUCCGAUCAACCACUCCACGACCUCCUCGGAAGAGAUGGUCUCUUGGACCAGCUUCAUCAAGCCAGUCCCCUCGCUUUCCCCGGCAAGCUCAAACGAGUACGCCGUCAUGCGCUGAGCCAAGUCGAGCGAGACUGUCGCCACGGCGGCGGUGGGGGCUAUCACGGAGGCGGUGGCUCACACCAUUGCGACGAAGAACAGCCAAGCUCUACGAUCGCGCCUACUCAGACGGAGACGCAAGAAGCACUCACUGUCAACUCCUGGAUCAAGUCGCCUUGCGAGACACAUACCGUUUACGACAGUACGACGACUACACUCUACGCGCCAUGGACGCCUGCUCAAUCAACCGACGACUCUACGGACAUCCAGGCUGAAGUCACCUCGACAUCUGCUAGCAAUCCGCUCUGGUCCGGCAGACCUGCGUCCACUAUGGACCAAUGGUCCACGGAGCCCACGCUAGUCUCCGACGCAUGGGAUACGCCGGCCUCAGAUGCAUGGGACAGUGGAUCGUCAGAUUCGUCAGCCCAGCCACUGUCAGAAACAUCGAAUACGGCUGCUACGGUCUCAUGGACCACGCUAACAUCAGCUGCAUUCACAAGCCCUGCAUCGGCGCCGUGGACUACUACACGACCUUGGAGCACGCCAGAUCCGACCCAGACGGCCGCGACCGAACCGACAUUGUCGAGCUCGACUGAUGCAACGCCGGUUUCGAGCCCCUUGCCGACGACUGCUCCUGCCCUCACUGUCAAGUGCUCAGGUGGAGGUGGAGGCGGUGGUGGUCUCUUUGGUGGCGCUGGUGGCGGUGGAUCUUGCAAGACCAUCGAGAUUGCUGCAGCAUCUUCGGUCAUACAAAAGCGCCAUUACAGACGUCGCUCGCAGAGUAGACGACAGCUGCAAAAGUUACCUGUCGCUGGACAGGCUGCGCGUAUUUUGGGCAAGCGAGAACGCAGGUCUCUGAACGACGACACUGACGACACGGAAGACUACAGCGACGUUUAUGACUUUGACAGCAUCGAAGAUGGUGCAAUAGACCAAGAUGACGAAACAUAUUUUGACGAUACCGACAUACUCUAUCCAUAG